AUGUACUGUUGCGGAACAUUACAGACUGGGCUAUGUGCGCCGUAUGCGCUCUCAACACCAGUAAUCACAUUUGCCGCUCGCUUCAGCCUCGUUCCCACCGUGCCUCUUUGUUCGGCAGACGUUAGGGGUAGGCUGACUCAGGAUCCUUAUUAUACUGAGUCCGCUUUACACGCUUCUGGCAGCCUUCAUUGUAAUACUGUUUUUCAAUCUUUGGACGUUCCACGGUACUGGCUUCCAGAUCCUAAUCAUGCACCAAUAGCACCGUCGUCAGCGCCGCCAAUGCUAGCUCCACCAGACCCCGCAGCAUCAGAGCCAGAGGAAGCACCACCAGCGGCGGUACCCACAACCCAGGCGGUAGAGGAGUACAGGGGCAUACCGAGGAAGCUUUGGUACAAACUGGGACCUCAUGGCAUGAGCGACGAGAUCCGUGAUUGGACCAAGACCUGCAUCGACAGUAAUCCAGGUUACGAGGUCGAAUCGAUGACAGAGGAAAAAGCGGCGACGAGAUGGUAA